UUAUAAUAGAUUAUUGUGUGUACCGUGCACUAUCAGCUGCUGUACCUAACUAAGUAGGUACCUCUAUAACUUUACAACAAGUAUAAAUAAUAAAUUUGAGCACUUAAUGGCAGUCUCAAGUCUAUAGAUAAGUCUACAUCAAGAUGACUCUGGAUUUUGCUGUAUUAUAAAUACUUUCGUUUUGAUAACAGACGAUAAAUGCGAAAACUAAAACAUCAUUGGGGCGCUUGCGUCGUUUAGUCACCAGUUAGUUAGUCGCCGUUGUCUGGCUCGAAGUUGUCGAGGAGCCGCAGUAAAAAAUACUCAUCCACAGACAUGACAUUUUGUUUUGAUAAAAAAAACGUGUGACUGUGUGACGUUAUUUAUCUCAAAGAACUUAUCGAAAUAAAUUAAGAUUAAAUGUCAAUAGAACAUAAAGUGAACGAAAACAGCGAACUGUGGCCUAUUAGUGUAACAAAUAAAAAUUAUCAUGACAAAACGUGUUUGUGUGGUCGGUGCUGGUAUAGCAGGGAUCUCUGCUGCCAGAUAUUUGAAGGAAGCAGGGAUUGACUUCACGGUCUAUGAGUCUACUCAAUAUGUCGGUGGUACGUGGAGGUUCGACCCUCGAGUGGGUACAGACGAGAACGGUUUACCUCUACACACCAGUAUGUACAAAACCUUAAGAACAAAUCUACCUAAACCUACAAUGGAACUCAAAGGGUUUCCGUUACCUGAACACCUUCCAUCAUUCCCCAGUUGGCGAGACUACUACCAGUACUUGCAAGAUUAUUCUAAACACUUCAAUAUACUCGAUCAUAUAAAGUUCCUACACAAUGUACUCCUAAUUAGAAGAGUUGGAGACGUGUGGCGAGUCAAACAUCAACACGUUCAAACAAACGAAACGUUUGAAGAUGAAUACGAUUAUAUUAUCAUAGGAAACGGACAUUUCAGCAAACCAAAUAUGCCUAAUAUACCUGGAGAAGACCGUUUUAAAGGCAAAAUAAUUCACAGCCACGACUAUAAAGAGCCAGAACCGUUUAGAAACCGCCGCGUCCUAAUUGUUGGCGCUGGUCCCUCUGGCAUGGACAUUGGUCUCGAUGUGGCCGAAGUUUCAAAGACCUUAGUGCAUAGUCAUCACUCCAAGAUUAACUUUAGCACGCCAUUCCCCCCACACUACCAUAAAAAACCUGAUAUCCAGGAGUUUAAUGAAACUGGUGCCAUAUUCAAAGAUGGGAGCUAUGAAGAAAUUGAUGAUGUCAUUUAUUGUACAGGUUUCCAGUACGACAUUCCAUUCUUAGACGAGUCGAGUGGCCUGACUUUAAGUCCUAAAAGCAUAGUACCUCUGUAUCGGUACAUGGUGAACAUCAACCAGCCUUCUAUGAUCCUCAUGGGACUAAUCGUCAGAGCGUGUUUGGUCGUCGCUUUGGACGCUCAGGCACGUUACGCGACCGCCCUGGUGAAAGGAAACUUCACUCUCCCACCACAUGAAGAGAUGAUGCAGGAGUGGCAGAAGAGAAUGAACGCUAUCCGCUCUAAGGGACUCCCGUCUUCAUACAUACACAUUCUUGCUGAGAAAGAGGAUCAAUACUACGCUGAGCUUUCAGAAGAAUCCGGUAUCCAGCGUGUACCGCCUGUAAUGUUCAAGAUACGAACCCAGGACAUGCAAGCAAAGUUGGAUAAUUUGUAUACAUACAGAAACUACGUGUAUACUGUCAUUGAUGACGAGAACUUUGUGAGACAUGAAGAGGAGCCGGCAGUUAGAAGAGGGCUAACUCUAUAGUACGUUAAUAUAAAUUAAUUUUACAAGAUUAAAGCAUAGUAAAGUUAAUAUAGGUAAAGCUUAGGCCCAACACUCCCAUCCUCAAGUUCCAAAACGGUCGACAAUGUACUUUUUUUUAAUUUCUCAAAACCCAAGCAACUCCUGUAUGCUGCGAUCUGCGGUAGAUACAAACAUGAAAACACCGGGACACUGAAGCGCGUCGCGUCCUAGGGACAUGAAUAACAGGAGAAGAAAAAACGAGUUAGUUGUUACUGUGUCAGUGGUGUUGCGGAUAUCCAUGGACGGCGCCGAUUGCUUACCAUCAGGUGAUCCGUAUGCUCGUUUACCGCCUUAUCCCAUAAAAAAAAUGA